AUGAUGACUUUCCGUACGGUCGUUUCUCUACUUCUCUGGCAGGUCUCCGUCUCAUACAAUGACGAUAUGAAGUCUUUUUUGAAAGACACAUGCGAGGAAAACAUGAUUUGCCAUGAGCUUGAUGUGGACAGUUUCCAGGACUACGCGAUCGAAUUCGUAUGGUAUGAUUUUUAUGGGGUUUUUCACUUGGACACAUUCCACAAACAUUUAAAUCAUUUUUUCCGAGCAUUCCUCUUUUCAGGAUUACACGUCAAUUUGCCAAUUUUGAAUUCGUCCAAUGUAAGUCCGAAAAGCGAAUUUUUAUUCUUUUCAGCCAAGAACCGAAAAGCCACGGAGCAUACGACGUUAGGAGAUGAUUGGGACACCUCAUGGUUUCCCCGGGUCGUAUGCCGCCAUCCGAUCCCAGGCGCCGACAACAAAAUGUUUGUGGAGUUCAGUUCCGACCGAGCCGAAGUCAUCAGGUUUUACGAGCCGGGAAAGCAUUUGGCUGAAGACACACAUGGACACAAAGUGUUCCGGGUCAUGAGCGAUUUCAUAAAAGUAGGUGUCGUUUUUACUCAAACAUAGGUUGAUACGUAUUGUUUUUUACCUUAAACCGCUGCAGACUGCGGUCUCGUUUUAUACGAUAAAAUCCGUCCUAGAUUGAAGUUAUUGCUUCCGUAUGGGAACCAAAUUAGAUGGUCUUUAGAUGUAUGGUAACUUACAAGGAAAGUACUUCAAUGGGAUAUGGAGUUACAGGUCGAGACAUAUCAAAAAAUUCGCAAAAUUUUUCUGAUUCAGAAUAUGUAAAAAUUAGCUGCCUAAUUUUGGUUUGUAAGGGUGAAAAAAUCAUAUGAACUUUUACACACUACACAAAUGCCUUUUUGACCAAGUUUUUACCAAUAAAAAAGCUUGUUUGUUAGCAAGCUUGGGCGCAGCUUCUAGAGUACAUUUGUUGUGGUAUUUUCAGCGCGAGAAAGUCCGUGACGACGACGUGAAACAUUCAAUCAUCUACAACAAAUGGCUCUUCCUCAACGCCACCCAUGCCGUUGAGUUGAAUAGAUACAUGAACUUCGACCCGGAGGAAAGCUACAAAUUUCGCUUAAGGCACACCACCCGUUGGGGCCGGCUUGAUGAAGACUAUUGGAGGUGGGUGCGGAAAACGAUUUGGAAUAAUUUGAAGAUGAAAAAUUUCUAUAAACUUGAUUUUUUUCCAGCUACGGAGUGGAGCUUGUCUCCGCGAUUCCGAACGAGGAAAUUCCCAACAAUUUUGUGGACCUUAUCACGAAGAAGUGCUUUGUAAGUUUGCAAAAACUUUGUUAUUUCCUUUCCUAGAAAUUUCUAUGGACUUAUACGAUAAUUUCAGGGAGAUAAAAACAGAUACUGCGCAAUUGAUCCCAGAGAUGGCACUAUUCACUACACCCCGUAUCCGUCCGUCUUGCGAAUGGGCGAUUUCAUCAUGGAGCAGCGAUGGAAGCCGGCGCUCAACGAUUUUGUCCCAAUUUAUCGAUUCCAUCACAUCCACAUGCCAGAAAAGUAAGGGAUUUGCGAUUUUGGGGGAUUUUGGGCAUCAAACCAUGGGGCUUUUUUGACACCGGAAAUUCUCGAAGCUUGGCGCUCCGAUUUUGACUAACAGGGGAAGUACUUCAAGUGUGACGCUCAGAUUUUCUUUAAAUUUUGCACACACAUCGGGUAUGGACUAAAUAUCAAUUCCUGAAAGUUUUAGCUCGCGCUUUGCGGGCGCCGCCGAGAUAUUGAACGAUUUUUGCCGCCGAGAGAGCACGCUCAACGUGGAGAGCGGUCAGAGAGAAAACCGCUUUUUGCCCAUAACUUUGGCAGUUUCGUGCGGAAAAUUUUGAUUUUUUGUAGAAACAUUAUUCUUUACGGUUGAAAUAGGCAUGAAACUUUUCGUGCCGAAAUUCGGCAAAAAGUCCCAAAUUUUCGCCGACUUUCGAUCUAAAAAUCUCGGUUGUUUCUGCAAAGCGCGAGCUAGGAUUCCCGCAUAUAUCUUAGAAAAAAUUAUUCUAAAUUUGUGCCAAGUUUCAUCAAAAUCUGAGCGUCACACUUCAAGUACUUCCCUUGUAAGUUUGGCAUAAAUUAGCUCGCGCUUUUCAGAAACAGCAGUGAUUUCAUUUUGUGAAAGUUGGUAAAAAAUGAAGAUGGUCUGUUUUGGCAAAAAUUAUUACUUUUUGGGAUGAAUAUUUUUAUUUUGAUGGAAGCAUUAUCCCCAAAUAUUUUUUGCACAAAAAUCUAAAAAACCCCCAACGGAAAAAACUUACCAAUAUUGCGAAAACAUCAAUUUCUACAUGGAAUCAACACCAAAAACUUUGCGAAGAAAAACGCCAAAAAGAAGCUACCGUAUCCUGAAUUUGUUUGUUUUCGCGGCGGGACGCAAAACGAAGCUUGGCGAAAAGCGACAAACAAUGUUUGAAAUAGUAUUAGUCAUCUUGGGGAAUGUAGAAUUGUUUGAAAAGGACAUAAGGUCGAAGUCAAUAUAUUUGUGUUUUUCAGCGAAGUCUUUUACUUCUCCGAUGUCGCUUCGCUGGUCCCCAAACUAAUGGAGAGGGGCAUGCCAAAAGACGAUAUGUAAGUCUCUUACUUAAUCCGCAAUAAAAAAAUUUGUUUUUAGCGGAGGAAAGGAGAUCCGCGGAGUGAUGCCUCAGCCCAAAGCAGGAGACAAAAUCUUUGAGCUGAUGUUGCAGCGAACUACCACCACUACGUCGCCUCCUAUCGAGUCCACUGCUCCAACAACGUCCACCUUGAAACCUCUUCCUCUAGACGCCUACAAGCCGGUUAAAUUCCCGUCGAUCAGUGAAACGGAGGAAGAGCUACAGCCAGAAUUUGUGCAAGACGGCCUAAAAUAUCAAAAUUUUUAUCAAAACGCUGCCUCGGACUUUGUAGGAGAUGUUGGUGCAAUUCUAUUGGCCAUUUUUAUGAUUACAAUGUAA